AUGGCAUUUUCUCUAUUUAUUUUAUCAUCCAAAAUCAAUAUGUGUUUCCAUUGAUUUAACAUAAUCGUUGGUGAUUUACAGCAUAAUUAAAGAAGAAGAAAACUGCAGUUGUCAUGGAUCCUUUAAUCAGUGAAAAUGGCGUAUUCUUGCCCAUUCCACCAUUGCAAGCUGUUCGUCUUCAUUACAUUCUUGGAACUAUACUGCUUUUAACUUCCAUGGUUGCUCAUACUAUAUUCCCUACCAAUCUCAUUACGCAUCCAACACCGACGCUUCUCAUGAUUUGGGCAAUUGAGGGUCCUGGGCUGAUGAUUCUUUUCGCUAAUUUUCAACAAGAUAAGGAGCAAUGCUCUUAUUUCCGAGCUGUAGGACGAGGGUAUGUGGGUCUUGUUGUAGGGGCCAUUGUUAAUGCACUGGGAGCUAUUAUCAUGGGAGCACCUGUUGGUUUCGAGUAUUUUACCAAGACCCUGAAUUGGUCUCUUCUGAUGUCAUCGUUCACUUUUGUCCCGGCAACUUGCGCUUUUGGUUCAGCUUGGACUCAUUGGCGCAGAGUGUUUGCUUCAACAAAGGCAUUUAGUUUCAUAGACUACAUGAUCCGCCUACCAGCCUAUGGAGCUGUUAUUGGAGCAUGGCUCGGUGCUUGUGCUAUGCCACUUGAUUGGGGAAGGCCAUGGCAGGAAUGGCCUGUAUGUGUGAGUUAUGGAGCUAUGGCUGGCUACUUGAUGGGGCUGAUCGCAUCCUCUGUUUGCAUUAUCUUCCAUGAUCGUCGCCAGCAGCAUUUAAAAGGAGAGUAGUGUAGGAAUAAUUCUGUUUACUCAGCUUCAUAGCAAUAUAAUGUCCAAUUUUGUUCUUUAUAUGAUUCAAUCUUGUUGGAUGCCAGUCGAGCCAUAAUCAUUUAUCAUAAUUCUCCAAUUAAUUAUAUUU